CCUGACCAAAUGUGGGUCCUACCACAUCCACCGGCCAGUCAAAUCGACAAAUAGUGCGUCGGAGACGGUUGAAUCCGUGGGUUGCCUGCCGCCCCACUUCAAUUCCGUCGGCACUCGGCAGUCGUUGGAGUAUUUGGAUCGACCAUUCCUGUCGGACAGGGUUCACCAUCGGGACCAAUCGAUGUUAAGUAGGUGGGAUGGCCAGCGCGAAUGGCGACUCCAACGGCGCGCACAGGCACAGCCGCUGACGCAAGCAACACGCAUAGAUAGAAGAAGCUGGAGUCGUAACCCCAAGCCGGGGACGCCUGACUUCGCUUCCACGAUGACUGAGCGGAAAAUGUCCAAACGCUGCCCCAAAAGCCCGACUACCGCCGGGGUCAGCGGCAGUCGCCUCCGCGGUCGUCGCUCCGCUCUCUCCUCCCGCCGUCGCUUCCCCCUACCGAGGGCUAUGCGGGUCCUACCCCGUACCUCCUCGGAGCCCCUGCUUCGGACCGUCCGAUCCUUCCUCGUUUCCAGCUUCGAUUGCGGAAUCAAGCGCCGAUCGGCCUUAAACCUCCACGACUUCCAUGAUUCCUCCUCGCUUCCUCGAGAUUCGGUUUCGUUUGAUGAAGGGGCAAAGAUGGUGGUGAGCGUGGCGGUGGAGGGGAGCCCCGGGCCGAUCAGGGCGAUUGUGAAGAUGGGAGCCAGCGUGGAGGAGGCGAUCGCGUUGGUGGUGGAUAGGUACAGCAGGGAGGGAAGGAUUCCCUUGCUUGACCGGCGAUCUGCUGGUUCUUUCCAGCUCUACUACUCCCAUUUCAAUCUCCAGAGCAUAAGCAAAAGUGACAAGAUUGGAGAAGUUGGUGGCAGGAGUUUUUAUCUUCACACAAACAGACACUUCGACACCUUCCACUUUGAAAGCGCAAGCAGUGAUCUGACACCACAGAGUAUUCCAUCUGACUUUUUUCUUGCAUUUGUGACUAAAGGAUUACAGAAGAUUGGCAGGCGAACGAGAAAAAUAUGGAGGAUGGUGGCUUGUAUUGCAUGCAUAUUCGAUUGACAAAUAUCUGUUCGAGUUAAUAUCACACACAUUGCUGAUUGCGUAUCUAGAUAUAUAGAUAGAUAAAAAUCUAUAUAGUUUACUAACAACCAUUUGCAUAUUUGAUAAUGGUUGUUCAGUAGGAUUACCCAACGUGUUUUGGCAAGAGAUUUUCUUCGUCAAACAUAUGUGAUCUGUAAUCUCCAAUUCAUAGUUAAGGUGGCCUUGUACACUGCUGUUUGUAUCCAUUUGACAUUACAUUUGCUAACAGGUUUACAACUUAAUUA